CGUCGUUGCUCUCCGUCACCUUGCGAUAUCUUCCGAUCGGGUUCCGUCGUCCUGCGACUUCGAUUCCCCGCCCAGUUCACAGAUCUCCUCCAGUAAGCAAAUCUUCGUUUCCCACUCGGCAUUUUGCUUGAUCCGUUCCGUUCCUCUCUCCACUCCAUGGUUUUCGGAUUUAUAGCGGGUCGAUCGACACCCUUGCUCUUCAUCCGGGGCGGUCUAAUGGUAGCACAACCGCGCUGAGGUAAUGUAUCAGAUCAAGUACAUGGUAUUUGAUAUUUCAUGAAAAACAUUCUUGUUAAUGAAAGAGUCUCAAGUUUCUUUUCUCCUGUCUUGCUUCACAACUUACAAACUGAAAAUUAUAUGUUUUGUUUCUCUCUUUGGUUCUUUCUAGUCAUUUGUUUCGACUUGUUAUUAAGAAUUAUAUGUGAUUAUCUGUCAGUCGAGAUAAUGGUUGACCCAUAUUUUUCUUCUUAAGUUGCUAAUCUUGGUUAAAUCAUUCACAAUAAAAUUAGCAGUUUAUCUCAGCAUUUCAUACAGUCAGGAGCAGUGCUUUGUUCUUCAGAAGAGCUUUUUCUUUGGAGGCAGAGGUUAAUGAUAGCUUCAGACAAAUAUAACCGUAUGAAAUAUUUGUUGGAUAAGACAACAAAGGAGAGACAGGUUUGAGAGCUCAGAGCCAAUGGAGGAUUCAUUCUCUCGCAGAUUUUCCCAACUGAUUAACUUGGCCAACCAGAAUAGUGAAGCACAACUUGGGGGUGAUACUCCUGCUCGUCGACGAGUGAGCUAUUACGCAGCUCGGAGCAGGUCUUUGAGAUGGCACAAUGUGUUAUCUGAUAAUGACAAUGAUGCUCUUGAUCAAUCGGACUUGGUGUUUGGUGAAACUGACUCCAGUUUUAGUUUUGGUGGUUAUGGAGGAGAAUCAGAUGCCUCCCUGGAUACUCAUAGCAUACUUGAUAGAGAAAUGUCUUUUCAACUUGAGAAUGAGAGCUAUGUUUCCACUGACACAGACAUCGAUCCAAUGCAUGCAGGACUCGAUUUAUUUGAAUUUGAUGCCCGAUAUGACAAUGUUGGUGAUGAUCGUGAUUAUGGUGACUGGAUAGGCACAAAUUUGGUUGAAGCAAAUAGGUCUGUUCACACACAUCAGCAAUUUGAGGAUGCUAAUUUCAGUCCUAGUGGUAGUGGUAUGGCAGGUGCCCAAGAUGGUUCCUGGUUCCAGCAGACGGAAGGAGAAACUCAAUCUCGACAUGCUGACUUUUUUACUGAUUUAGACGUAGUGGAACUAAGACGAGCAUAUGUUGGGAACCCAGGAGAUUAUCUUGAUGACGAGGUGCUUGAGCAGCUUGCAGAGGCUGCUGGCUCAAGCGGGGCACCUCCUGCAGCAGUGUCCUCGGUGAGAAUUCUCCCGUCUGUAGUCAUUUCUGAUGACCAUGAGAAUAAUGGUAUUCAGAUUUGUGCUGUAUGCAAGGACCCGUUGCCUAUAAAUACAGAAGCAAAGCAGCUUCCCUGUAUGCACCUAUAUCAUCCUUUCUGCAUCUUACCAUGGUUGAAAAUAAGGAACUCAUGCCCAGUUUGCAGAUAUGAGCUUCCAACUGAUGAUCCAGAUUAUGAGGAGGCGAAAAGGGACCUGAACAGAAAUGAAAGGCAUGAGUCUUGGCCCCCAGACAGGGCUGAGGAAACCUAUGAAGCAUUUACAGAACUCGAGACCGAUGAAGCUCAUGAUUUUAGUAAUGCAAGAGCUGAGCAUGAUAGUUUAGAGGGUGCUGUCGAGGAGGCGAAUAGAUCAAGUGCAGAGAGCAGCAGAGGCAGAUGGAUGUUUCUUGCUGCCGCUCCAAUUGUUAGUUUGGUCGGUUUCGUUCUUGUUGUCUGGCUAAGAAAACCUGCGGAUUACGGGAGAACUCAGGGAAUCAACUUUAGCGAGCGUCAUCUCCACCAAACACGGGGCUCCACUUCUCCAGCAGAUAGAAAUAGGAGAUGGUGGUCUAUCUUUUAGCUGCAAUCCAUUUUGCAGUCGGUUUCAGCUGUCUUGUGCUUCUGCGCCAGAAUUCAAUCAAGCUGCUGAUAUCAACAUAUGCUCCUGUCAGCAUCUCUAUCAUAUAGUUUGUUUUUGUGUUUCUGAAUCCUUCAAUAUGCUCAUCGUCUCAUGAAGGCGCGACCAUGAAAGGUGUGCGUUUUGUUUCUUUACUCUUGAGAUCAAUCAAUUUGUGGGCUCAUGUGAUGUUACACGCUCAUCGAUGUAUCUGAUUUCAUGUAACGUGCAACUUGAGCUUGAUUUACUGCUCGACUACGGUUGUCAUCUCAGCAAACUCCUCAACUGGUGAUGUUGUAAUCGGUCAUCCUACUGAGUUAAAAGUGACCUUUUUCUUGCACUUGAGGACGCCUAUUCUUAAUGUUGAAAUUAAAAAGUUUGAUA